AUGAGGACGGCGGCGGCGGCCCCUGCUGUCGGCGGCGGUGGGGGCUGCAGUCGGCGGCUGCGGCCCCGGCAGUGGCGGCAGCGGCUGCUGCUGUCGGCGACUGCGGCGGCUGCGGCCCCGGCUGUGGCGGCGGCGGCUGCUGCUGUCGGCGGCUGUGGCGGCUGUGGCCCCGGCUGUGGCGGCGGUGGCUGGUGCUGUCGGCGGCUGCGGCCCCGGCAGUGGCGGCGGCGGCUGCUUUUGUCGGCGGCACCCACGGUGGCGGCUCCCGCUGCAGGGGCGGUGACGGCUGCUGCUGCAGGGGCGGCGACGGCGGGGGGGCAGGUCCGUGAGGGAGCCGAGAAGGGGCCGCGGAGGAGCCGAGAAGGGGCCGCUAGGGGCGGUGAAGGGGCCGCGAAGGGGCCGUGA